AUGGCUGGAGGAGGCGCCUUUGCCGCUGGGUUCGGAGGGUCCUGUGUGCUCACUAGCGUUGCAUUCAUCGUGCUUUUCUUGAUCAUCGGCUUCGCCAAAAGUUUCCACCGGCUGGACUCGACGGAGAUGGCCGUUACCUGGUCUCCUUUCACUCGCCAGCUGCUGGGUGUGAAAGAGGCCGGGCUCUAUUUCCGGCUCAUAGUGGAGAUGCUUGCCACCUUCCAGUACCAGAUUGUGAAGAAGGACCUCAUGCAGCUCACCAAGCAGUACAGGGACUUUGACAAGUACCACCAGGUGAUGCACGCGGCAGCAGAUAGGGCGAUCCACUACGCAUGCGCGCAGUUCAACGUCGGCCAGUUCCAGAGCCAACGCAUCGAUGUGCAAGCAGCCACCAGACAGAAGAUGCAGCUGUUGGUGCAUGAUCUGCUGCGGGCGGACAUAAUGGACGUGCAGCUGAAGAAUGUGCAGCCGCCCGAUGCCUGGAAGGGCGCUGUGGCCUCCAAGCAGAAGGCACAGCAGGACAUCCUGCUUGCCUACAACGAACGCGACCAGGCACUCGCCAAGGCGAACAGAGACUUGCAGCUGGCGCAGCAGACGGCAACAAUCCUGAUGCAGGAGGCUCAGACGAAUGCCACGGUCAUCAUGCAGCGCGCAGUCAACGAGGCGGCUGCCAUCCGUCGCACCUACCAGGAGCAGGCUGAGAUCGCUGCCAACAUCACCAAGACCAAUGGGCUCUCCAUCGACGGGUACAUUGCGUAUCUGCAGAACCGGCUGUUUGAGCAGCAGAGCAGCCUGGACAUUGCCAUGGAUGCCCCUCAGGCGGAUCUGGUCAGCAGCACCGCAGGCUGA